GUAUUAUUUAAAUACACGUGCUUAUAGUGUGCAUAACCUAAAAUAUGCUUUAUGGUGGGUAGUUUGUUAAAACUAGUGAGAUUAUGAAAACUGUCAACAAAUUUUUCCUUUUUUUCAAUCCCCAUUAUUACUGUCCAUAUUACAACAAACUACAAGCAGUAAUUUAAUAUAAAAUUAAGAAUAAAACCACGUUUGGAUAGAAAUGGGAAAAUUUAGAAGUAAAUUAAAAGGUCAGAGUAAGGGAAAAAGGUGGCCGAAAGGCCAGAGCUCAAGUUCAAACCCAGGAAUCACAAAAUAUAGGGAUAUAGCCAAAUCUCGCUUUUUCCAGGAAAAUUUAGGUCCCAGCAAUUUGACAUCAGAUGCUUUAAGAAAACAUGAUGCAAUACAAUCAUUUGUUCCCAAGGCUGAAGAACCUGCAAAAAUGGAAGAAGAUGCAGAGUCUUCUAUUGGAACCCAAUCUUCCUAUAUGACAAUGAAAUCAUUUGCAUCAGAAUGGUCAAAUUGCAGCAACAUGUCUUUUAAUAGGUUCUUGACUGUGUUCCGAUCAGAUUCUGCUUUACAUAAGGAAAUGUUGGCUAUAUUGGCAGGAAUUACUGAUGUUAUCAAAGAGCAGGGUGGCACUGGGACAUCUACAGAGUAUUAUUGUUGUCUUAUUACAACACUUAAAGAAGUAUACAAUGCAGAAGAAAAGAAUGAGGAUCAAAUAACUGCUCUUUUGGCACUCUUAAAUAUGGGUAUCAAAACAGUUCCAGAUGGAGUUUUAAAGAAAUAUUUUGAUGAUAUUACUCUAAAGAUGUUGCAUAUCUUGAAAGACUAUUCAGAUGGUGAUAAUAAUACAAUAAUGAAAUCAAUUUUUGGAAUUCUGGGACAUUUGUUAAAAAUCCAAGAGUUAGCACUUUGGUAUCACGGAUAUACAGUACAGAUUUUCAAUGCGUUGCUGAAUCCUUUUUGUAUACAUACUAAACCUAAAUGGAGAAAAGCAGCUCAACGUGCUGUAUCAAUAAUAAUAACAUCUGGCAAUUGUUUAAAAGAAAAUUCCUCUAAUCCGGCUGCUGAUAAAGCUGCAGAAUUCUGUGAACAAACUCUUGACUCAUGCAUGGGUGGUACUUCAGGUACGGUUUUAGUUUCUUCAGUUCAAGCUGGACAAACUACUAUUUUACAUAUUCUUGGAUUGAUGAAAGACAUAAUUUGCUAUUUCUCUAAAAAUCAUAUUAAGAAAUGUUGUGAAUCUAUAUUAAAGCUAAUGACACUCAAUUAUCCCAUUGUUACAUCUUGCGGUAUGCAAGUACUCUAUGCGUUAUUUUCUGCUCAGAGAACUGUCGUUCCAGCAAAGUUAAAUGCUCAGUUAAUAUCUGCUCUUUAUGAAUACCAACCGUCUAUUUCUGAUGUUCAACCUACACAAGCUUGGGUAACUGUAAUGCAGCAAGCUCACGUACAUUUAUCAGAUGUUGAUGUUCCAUUAGCAAUGGCCGCAUUGCCUAAGAUAUUUGAUGUUCUAACUCAUUUGUGGCUGUCUGAAAAAGCGCAAAUAAUGACAAGUGCCACUCACGCUUUGGAAAUAUUGUUAAAAGAUGCCUUAAUCAAUGGAUGUACUACCAAGGAAUUAGUAGAACAACACAGAUCUAAAAUCGAAAAGUGCAUACAAAGUAUUCAGAUCGGACUGAGUUAUCAAUAUAAUGCUAGCUGGCACCAAGUAUUGCAUGUUAUCAGUGUUUUAUUUGAGGUUGCUGGUGGGAGUUGUAGCGAAAUGCUGUUAGGACUACUAACAAAUUUAGCAGAGUUACGAGAUUCUUAUAAGUUUAGUUACAACAAUGAAUUAGAACAUGCUGUUGGGGCAGCUAUUCGAUCUAUGGGUCCUGAAAUAGUUUUAGACGUAAUAUCUCUAAAGAAACCGAACGGUGACUUAAACAUAGAUAGAUCAUGGUUACUCCCAGUACUUAAAGAAAACAUUAGAUUUUCAACAUUAGAUUAUUUUGUGAAAGGUAUUUUACCCCUAGCGCUUUUCUGUCAUCGAAGAUCUGCUCUUUUAGCACAGAACAAUGAUGGAAUAGGAGCGCACAGCUCAGAAUUGCUCUAUUUGCAACUGUGGAAUCUAUUGCCAUGCUUUUGUAACUGCCCAAGUGACAUAAAAGAUAAUUUUAAAACCAUAGCUAAAGUUAUGGGCACUGCAAUUUCUGAUAAAAAAGAACUUCGUUUGGCAGUUAUGGCUGCUUUGAGAAAAUUAAUUUCCAGUGCCAAGAAUUCAAAUAAUGAAGAGGAUUUACAAGAGUUGAGCAGAUUUGAUAAAAAUUAUUUACCUAUAUUGUUCAAUGUUUAUACAACUAAACCCAUUGGUACUGAUGAAGAAGGUCAAAGAUUAGCAGCUUUAGAAACAAUAAAAUUAUAUUUAUCCAUCGCAAGAUCUGAACUUACCCAACAACUAUUUGUGAACGCAAUACAUCGUCUUAAUAGUAGUUCAGAUGAACCGGAAGAUCAUUUUAUUAAAGAAUCAAUAUUAGACCUUAUUCGUGCGUUGGUGCCUUAUCAAAAUGCUUCAAAUAUCGAAAUAUUAUACCAACAAUGCAUUAAAAACUUACCAGAAAUAAAAAAUAACAAAGAACAGAAAAAGGCUUAUAGGUUAUUAGAAGAGAUAUGUGGCAGCGAUUCAGAAGGAUGCAACGUAUUUAUUAAAAAUAACAGAAAAGAGGUUCAACGUGUCCUAAUGAAAUCUCUGAAUUCUGCUGCAGUUUCCAGUAAAGGAGCUAGAUUGCGAUGUUUGAAUUACCUUGUUAAAGCACAACCACAGUUAGAUCAUGAAAGCAAGUUGAUAAAAUCAAUUAUACCAGAGGCUGUGCUUUGUUGCAAAGAUAUCAAUGAAAAAUGCAGAGCUACAGCUUACGAAGUUUUAAAUACAAUAGGAAAUACUUUAUUAGAACAUGAUAAAAUGCAAGAAUUUUUAACAUUAAUUAUAGCGGGUUUAGCUGGUUCUCCUCGGCUUAUUAGUUGUACUAUACUAGCACUAGCUUCUGUGCUUCAUAAUUUUUCUGGUACUUUAGGAAUGGAAAACAUUAAAAUUAUUUUAGACAAUAUUUGUACGUUAAUGGAAUCUCCUACAAGGGAAAUAGUAGCGUCUUGUUUAAGUUUCAUUAAAGUCUACAAUACAACUUUACCUAGUCCCAUAGUAGCAUCUUCUUUAGAAAGAGAGAUGAAAGGUUUAACAAGUAUGACUGAAGACUGCAGCCGACAUUUCAGACUUAAAAUUCGCGAUAUCCUUGAUAGAUUAGUUAGAAAAUUCGGUGCAGAUUCAUUAACACGUUUUGUACCGCCAACUAAUACAGUCAUGUACAAAAGAUUGAGAAAUUUACGUAAAUUAAACGCAAGAAAAAAGAGAAGGAAGGAAACUGAAAGAGAUGAAGAGGAUAGUGAGGAUGAAGAGUUUACGGUUAAAGCUAAGCCAAAGAGUGUUGAAGACAUUUUGGCAGACUCAGAUUCAGAAUUUGAAGAUAUGGAAACAGAUGAACUAAAAAGUAAAGGUAAAAAACAACCCAAAACAUGGAUCGAAGAAGAUCCCGAGAGUAUUGUCGAUUUUACUGAUCCUAACGUCUCUAGUAAGAUAACUGCUACUAAACCAGUGGAUAAACAACAAUCAGUAGUAGAGAAGAAAAAGUCUGAUAAAGAUAGAGGUUUUAAAACUGCUCCCGAUGGCAGACUUAUAAUAAAAGAUGACUCAUCUUCUGAUAGUGAUGAUGAUAAUAAACUCAAGUUUUCUGACGACUCUGAGAGUGAAGACGAUUCGCAAAGCAAAGCUGAAACUGUAUUAUUAACAGACCGUAAGAGGAAAAGAACUGGUUCCAGUGUAAAAAGUGGAUAUAGUUCGAGUUCUCAACCUCCCAUGAAAUACAGAACUGGUGGUGUUGGUAUACAUAGAUCUUUAGGAAGUACCUCUUCAGUUAAAAGUGGUUAUAGUACACCAGGAUCUGAAUUUAAGUCCAAAAAGGCUGCAGGUGACGUUAAAAGGAAAGGAAAAAUGGACCCUUAUGCAUAUUUACCCUUAAAACGUACCACACUUAACAAAAGAAAAAAGCACAAGGUUGCUGGACAAUUUAAACACAUCAUCAAUGCGGCAAAAUUAGGAGCUCUAAAGGGUGCAAAAGCAAAACGAAACAAAAAUAAAUAAUAUUUAUAUCUGGAACAAUUAAUAUAAAUAGAAAUAAAAUAUUGAUCGUU